UUCCACUAGAGGUCCCCAUUUGGACCUUCUUGGCUUGAAGAUGUUUCCCUGCUAUGAUGACAGCGACUGUUGUCAGAACAUUCACAAUAAGAAAGGUGAUAUGACCAAAUGAUACGAACGGAAGACAUCUACGAGAAAUCAAGAAAACAAACAUUACCAUUGCCUUGAUUUAUCUUUCACCUAGCAGUUUAACUAGGGAUAGUAUCGAUUGCGACUCAGAUGAAUAUAUUUUUUUAUUUACACAUUGAACGCCAUUCUAGGUCUGUUGUUAGCUAACGUUAGGAAGCCUAACGCUAGCUUGCUAACUCCAGCGAAAUAGCUACUGUAGUUAGCUAGCUAACGAUGGCGAAAUGUUUACGAUUUGGUUGGCUGGCUAGCUAGUUGGCUGCUUGUUUCGUGUUGUUGUAUGGAACUAGCUAGCUAGCGUAGAUGCUUUAAAAUAGCACCUACCUAAGUUGUCUUUGACUUGCAUUGAUUCUUGGUUAGCAAAAGCUAACUAUCAAGGGGAACCAACCAACCAGUGGCGCUAAACAGCUAGCCCCAACGUUUAACGUUACAAGGAUGAGUAGCAGUCGAAAACACCAGCAUUUUAAAGGAGCCGAAGUGAGCUGUUGUGUCAAAUAUUUCUUGUUUGGAUUCAACAUCAUAUUCUGGCUCCUGGGUGCAUCCUUCCUGGGAAUAGGGCUGUGGGCAUGGGCAGAGAAGGGGGUGCUGUCCAACAUGGCGUCCAUAACCGACCUGGGGGGUUUUGAUCCAGUGUGGCUCUUCAUUGUAGUCGGCGGAGUCAUGUUUAUCUUGGGAUUUGCCGGCUGCAUCGGAGCGCUCAGGGAAAACACCUUCCUGCUCAAAUUUUUCUCUGUGUUCCUGGGCCUGAUAUUCUUCUUGGAGCUGACAGCAGGCAUCCUGGCCUUUGUUUUUAAAGACUGGAUAAAAGACCAGCUCAACUUCUUCAUCAACAACAACGUCAUGGCCUACCGCGAUGACAUCGACCUGCAGAACCUCAUAGACUUCACACAGGAAUAUUGGUCUUGUUGUGGAGCCCACGGCCCCAAUGACUGGAACCUGAACAUCUACUUCAACUGCACUGAGUUCAACCCCAGCAGGGAGCGCUGUGGAGUGCCCUUCUCCUGCUGCAUCAAAGACCCAGCCGAGGACGUCCUGAACACACAGUGUGGCUACGACGUGCGACUUGAAGGGGAGCUGGACCAGCAGAAGUCUAUCUAUACCAAGGGUUGUGUGGGGCAGUUUGAGAGGUGGCUUCAAGACAACCUGAUCAUUGUAGCUGGCCUCUUUGUGGGCAUUGCACUUUUACAGAUAUUUGGCAUAUGCCUUGCUCAGAACUUGGUGAGCGAUGUCAAGGCUGUGAAGUCCAACUGGUGACGCCAGGACCCUCUGGAGAGGGUGGGGUACGUCUGACCUUUGACCUUCCACAUCAAGUUGGAGGACCUUUCCCCCCGAAACGCUCCGAGGCUGAGCUUUGAAAAUUCAAAGAGCACUGUUUAACCUAUGGUCCUGUCUGGACUGGGAACUAACAACACACCAAAACACACAGGCCAAGACCCACCACACCACACAACACACACACACACACACACAACACACACACAACACAGUUUAUUACACGCAAUUAUGCAGACAGGUUAAACUGGCUGACUUUGUAAGUGCUACUCUGUUGUUUAGACUUUGAUUCCCCUGGCUGUAUUCAUGUGGUACAGUUUCCCAGGAAUAUUCCCUCCCGAUGAGGAUGGUGGGUUUAAGGAGAACUAGAUGGGUAGGCCUGGAUGAGAUGAGACCAAGAAGAUGCACAAGAAGAGAUUCAGUCCCAUAUAGAUGCAACGUUUAUCUUUUAAGAAUUUUCCUUGGUUUUACAGAUAUUUUGGUAAGAGGAUUCUGUCAUCUAACAAAUCCCCCCCCCCAAACAGGAUUUUGGCAAAACCUGGGAAUGUUUGUUUUUCCGACACUAGUCACAUCAGGAUCCAUAUCAGCUCGUUCCUAAAACCCCUUGGCUCUCUGACACCCAUUCGAGAAUCUGGGUCUGUCAUACCUAACUACCAUCUGUUCUUCAGCAGCACUUUGUCUAAUAUAUGGUGGAGUGGACUGCUCCCUAACUGGUUGGUUGGCUGACUGGUUGGUUGGCUUGCUCGAUGACUGGUUGGCUGGCUGACUGGUUGGUUGGCUUGCUAGAUGUCUGGCUGGCUGACUGGUUGGCUGGCUGACUGGUUGGUUGGCUAAAUUAAUGGUUUGUUGACUGGCUGACUGGUUGGUUGGCUGGCUAGCUGAAUGACUGGUUGGCUGGCUGGCUAGCUGACUUGUUGGUUGGCUGGCUAGAUGACUAGUUGGCUGGCUGGCUGGCUGGCUCACUAGUUUACCGGCUGGCUGGCUGAUGUGACCACUGAAAAAAGCUCAGUUUGUGUGAGCUGAAAUAACUUUAGCGCAAAGAUAGGAAAUGUGAGAAUUGGCUUCCACAGAUAAUUAUUGAGAUAGCCAGGCCUUUCUGAAGUCAGAUAACCGCUUCUUUUUGUUCAGAUUUAUGAUACACACCUGUGGUAAAUAUUACAGUCAAAGUUGUUUUAUGCUUUUUCUUAUCCUUUUCUUAACCCUGCUAAUGUGUGUUUUAAAGUAUAUAUUUUCUUUGUCCCUCUUCUUUUGACAGCUUUUUAACUUGUUUGUAUAGAAUAACAAAUACUUGUUAAUAUCUUUAUCAAUAGUUACAAAUAUUCUCAAUAUAACAUGAAUGCUGCUUUUUGACCUCUUAGAGGAUUGAUAUUAUAAAGUAAGUUUGCAAAAUGAUGGUCCUUUAUUUUAAUAUUUCCAGCUUUUACCUAUAUCCUUUUUGUAGGUUUCCAAAUUUCCAAAUGGGAUCUUCCUACCUGGAUUUAAAAAACCAUGGGAAAUUGUGGAAUGUUACCUGAAUCUUAUAUCUAAGUAACAGUAACCAGGUUGAAAGCUUAACAGUGUUGGAAUAGAAGUGGUUGCCAUAAUAUUAUCUUUAUUUUUAAAUACACAAUGUGGCGUUGUGUCAUGGUGUUAUUUAACUUUACUGAGUUUAGAGUUGGUCGUCCGAGGACAUUUUCAGCACCUCUGAUAAGUAGCAUUAUACAUACAUUGGUCCAAGUUUGGAAUUGAAUUUGCCCGUUUAAAGUGCAGCUUGCCACUGGACAGUUGGUUAACUUAUCAUACCUCCUCCCAUUGGGGAAGUAUUCCGAGGUGGUAUGGGUCCCCCAGCUACAUCCACAUUUUGGGGAUUCUGCCUAGUUGGUGGAUGUAGUAAUAUCAGACUUGACUCUAGCUGUGCAUAAUUUACUAUGCUUCUCUGCUAGUCCAAGAGCUCUGUUAUCUCUCUCUUCUAUACUGUCCAACUGCCUUGUAUUUCAAGCAGGUGUCUACUUGUUCUACAUUGGUGACAAUGUAGUAAACCCUUGUAAUGGUGAUCAGAUUAAAGCUAUUGACUAUUUAUGGACCAGUCGCUUCCCCGCUGGUUGCCCUGAAUAUGUCAGACGUAAGUCAGUGUGAACUGGAUUUGAUGUAGACAAAGAAAGAUUAUUUUAACAUUUGAGUCUCAUGUUUUUUUUUUUUUUUUUUUAACCAUUUGAGAUUAUUUCUUUUUUGUAUACUUUUCUCUGUUUACUCGCCAUAUGUAGCUGAUUAUUUGUUUUUUACCUUUGUCUCUUGUGGCCUUCGUAACAUGAUACCUUGUGAUACCUUGUCUGAUAUUUACUUCUAUGUUAAGUUCCUAAUGGCCUAAUUUUCACUAAGUAGGCGUGUCUCUAGUUAAAGGAAGUGUAUAGGACUUCAAUGACAUAAUUCCUUAGGGUGGAGGAGUUUCCAUACCAUGAAUGUAUACCUGUGGACGAAUCUUAAUUUCCUUGGUUCCUUAUGUAAUUAAUUCCUUGCAUACUCUGCCUUUUUCUCAAGUCGAAAUGUAUUGUAGGAGUAGUCCCAAGGGAAAGAUUGAUGUUCACCAAUUCCAUUGGCUUUCACUCCUCAGACUACAUUCAUCCAUAUUUCACGUUAUCUCCCGAUCUCCCCUUCAGUAGAGAAAAGAAUGGACAUCAAAUGUGAAACAGAAAUGUGAAUAGAAAACGCAACACAAAUAUAGUCAAUGUUUUUUUUUUUUCAAUUUUAACAAUUUUUUCAUCUUUUGUGCAUUCCAUUUUCAGUUGUUUUACUGUAGUUCCUUUCUGUGUCCAGUCACUUCCCACCUACUUUAGAAAGGAAUCGGAAAUGUUUCUUCUGCUUUAUCAAUUUCAUUACAGCAAAACAUUGUUUACGUGGAUGAUUUCUAUUCCAUACGAUUGCCAUCUGUUUUGUGUGCGCUUGCCGUCUCGCAAGUUGUCAUUAUCCAGCAAAACAAGGCCUGACGGUGAGGGAGGUUGGUGUGGUUUCCCAACUGACUGGCACGUAGACUGACUGGCACGUAGACUGACUGGCACGUAGACUGACUGGCACGUACACUGACUGGCACGUAGACUGACUGGCACGUAGACUGACUGGCACGUAGACUGACUGGCACGUAGACUGACUGGCACGUAGACUGCCUAUGUGGACUUGUUCCCAGUGCAUGUGGGUUGGUUCGAGGUCUUCUCAGAGCUCAGAGUGAAUAAUCCAUUAAGUAAACUCAGCCUGUUCGUCUCGUCGUGGGUCACGUCCAAACGUGUGCGUUCAUGAUUAAAACAUACUGGACUGGUGCUAAAUAGAACAUGAGUCAUUUCUUUGUUUUGUAAAAUCCAACAUUUUGCCCUUGGUUUAAUACAUUAACCGGUUAGUUUUUGCUGUUGCUUUUUCCCCCUCAAAGCCUUUAAGACACUUGUGUUUACAUUAUCCUGAAAGCUUAUAGCUUUUCCUACAUCUAGCUUAUCUGAAAGAAAAUGUCCUUUAAAGCUAGAGGUGGGAUUUGUUUCCGUUUGCCUGUCAGACGGACGCGGAGAGGUGCUGUGAAUCUCGUAGUCGUUCAGACGAGUCCCCCAGAAGUGAUGUGCCAUACUGUACAUUCCCUUGUACCUUGUGAGGAUGUGACGGUUCAGAAGAAAAGUGACAGUAUGCGAACAAUGUUUGUAGGUUUAUCUGAACUUGAAACAGUGUUGUAACAUCUUAUCACUACAAUGAUGAUGCCAGGCCUGACAUAGCGAUGCAUUCCCAUUCAAGAUGACGAAAGAGACAUUUUUAUGAAAACAAUUCUUAUUGUAGCAUUUGUGUAUUUUCACUGGGGACAUUUUUAAGACACUAUUCCCUUCACUGCUUGAAUUCCCAUUUGUCGAUAAAACAGACGUGAAUAAAAAGAAGCCUCUUCAAUUGGUUUGUUUUAGCCAUGUUUUUUUUUUAAAAAAACAUCUUAAAAGGUCGUGUUGUAAAGAAAUUUAGAUAAUGACUGAGGAAUGAUUGUCGGAUGUGGUCUGUUACACUGUAAAUUGUUACAAGUAUGCUUCUUUUUCAUAUUAAAUAAAAAGGAUUUAUGAAAAAUA